AUGUCUUUAAGAAUAGGUAUAAACGGAUUUGGUAGAAUAGGCAGAUUAGUUUUAAGAGCUGCUAUUGAAAAUAAAUCUAAUUUGAUCACACCUGUUGCAAUUAAUGAUCCUUCUAUGGAUAUUGAUUAUUUAAUUUAUUAAUUAAAAUAUGACUCAGUUCAUCUAAAAUUUCCUGGCACUAUUGAAAAGGUUAAUGAACAUACUGUUAAAAUAAAUGGAAAUUCUAUUGUCUUGUUUAAAGAAAAGGAUCCUGCUGCUUUAAAAUGGGGUGAAGUGGGAGCUGAUUUUAUAUGCGAGUCAUCAGGAUUAUUUUUGACUUAAGAUAAAGCUGGAGCUCACUUAAAAGGAGGUGCUAAGAAAGUUAUUUUAUCAGCACCUUCUAAAGAUGAUACUCCUACUUAUGUCUUUGGUGUCAAUCAUAAUAAUUAUAUACCUUCUUAAAAUAUCAUUUCUAAUGCCUCUUGCACUACAAAUUGUUUAGCAAAUAUCGCUAAGGUACUUGACUAAAAUUUUGGUAUAGUAGAAGGUUUAAUGACAGCUGUGCAUGCUACAACAGCUUCUCAAUAAGUGGUUGAUGGUCCUUCAAAAGGAGGAAAAGAUUGGAGAGCUGGAAGAGCUGCAAAGGUUAACAUUAUUCCUUCUUCUACAGGUGCUGCAAAAGCUGUUGGUCUGGUUCUACCAAAUCUUAAAGGAAAACUUACUGGGAUGUCAUUUAGAGUUCCUACUAUUGAUGUGUCUGUAGUAGAUCUAACUGUUAGACUUGAAAAAAAAACUACAUAUGCAAAUAUUUGUGAGGCUAUGGAAGAAGCUUCUAAAGGUGAGCUUAAUGGAAUUUUAGGUUAUACAAAAGAUGAAGUAGUAUCUUAAGAUUUCGUACAUGAUUAGAGAACUUCUAUUUUUGAUUCAAAAGCAGGAAUUGGUCUGAACAAUAAUUUUUUUAAAGUUGUAUCUUGGUAUGAUAAUGAAUGGGGAUUUUCAAACAAGCUUCUUGAUUUAGCUUUGCAUGUUUAAAAAACUUCAGGAUUAUGA